AUGACAACACAUGCAACAACACCGCUUGAUAUUCGUCACCCUCCUCAUCAUACAUUAUAUAGCAAUCGAACUUAUGCUCGUACAACAACAACAACAGCAGCAACACGUUCAUCAAUUGUAAAUCGACCAUUUCAUUCAUGUUUAAAAAAAUUCCCACCUAUAAAUAUAUGUGAAAAUCUUUUAUAUGAUGUAGCAAUAGCUGGUGAUAUUGGAUCAGCUACAUCAUCAUCGUAUAUUAAUAGUAACGAACAUUAUGAUAAUACAUUUACAAAUACUUAUGAUAAUCCAAUUCAAUAUUUUGAAAACUAUCCUUCUAAAUCAAUUGAUAUUGUUCAAAAAAGUUUAACUGAUCUUCCACAUUCUAAUGAGAAUUUUUAUGAUCAUGCUAAAGACGAGCAUGAUGAUGAAAAUUGUUCAACAACUACUGCUCGUAGCACAUCACCUGUUCUUUUUUAUUUGGAAAAUAAAAAUUUAGCUAUAUGUGCAUGUAUUAUCUCACUUCUUUUAUUAUUACUUAUUGGUCUCGGAAUUUUUUUAUUAAAUAAACUUAUUCGUCCUGUUAUUAUUAAUACUACAGUAAACAAUCAUUAUGGUAUAAUGAAUAUGUCGAAUACAACAACAACAACAACAAUAACGACAACAACACCAAUAACGACAACAACACCAAUAACAACAACUACAUUAAUUUCAUCUCGUUCAACGAUUUCUAAACCAUUCGUAAUGUUAUUAAGACGAUCAUCCAUCGAUAUUUUAACAACAACUACUAGCACAUUAAUAAAAGACAAUUUUGAUUUGCCUUGUCCACCCAAUCGUUGGGGAAGAAUAUGCCAGUAUAUGUGUAAACCAUGUGGUCUCGGUGUAUGCCAUCAGACUACAGGUAAUUGUAUUUGUCCAGAAGAUAUGUAUGGGGAAUUUUGUGAUUUAUGGAAAGUUAAUGAUAAACCAAAACGUGGCGAUAUGAUGAGUUGA